AGAUCAUUCACUAAUAUUACAGCACUCUGUCAGGGUAAUUACGGUAAUGUAGCCAAUGGGACCGGUUCGAGUUGCAUGUGUUGCUCUCUUCAGAGGUUUUUCUGUCACAGUCAUGGCUCAACAUAAAUUCAUUGACAUCGGAGUGAACCUGACUGAUCCCAUGUUCAGAGGAGUCUACAGAGGGAAGCACAAACACGACGACGAUUUCGAUCAGAUCGUCGACAGAGCCGUGGCAGUCGGGGUUGAAAAGUUUCUGAUCACAGCAGGAAACCUUGAGGACAGCAGGGAGGCGGUGAGACUGGCAGAGAGCCGAGAGGAGUUCUUCUGCACCGUCGGCUGUCAUCCCACCCGCUGCGCUGAGUUCGAGCAGAACGGAGAAGUGGAGUAUUUGUCCGCUCUGAGGGAGCUGACGGCGGCGCACAGAGGGAAGGUGGUGGCCAUCGGAGAGUGCGGCCUCGAUUUCGACCGGUUAGAAUUUUGUCCCAAAGAGACUCAACUCAAAUACUUUGAGAAGCAGUUUGAACUCGCAGAGGAAACCAAGCUGCCCAUGUUCCUGCACUGCAGAAACUCCCACCAGGACUUCAUCAGCAUCAUGAAGAGAAACCGAGAGCGAUGUGUUGGAGGAGUGGUGCAUUCCUUCGACGGGACUGCAGAGGACGCCGCUGCCCUCGUUGACCUCGACCUUUACAUCGGAAUAAACGGAUGCUCGUUGAAAACGGAAGCGAACAUUGAAGCGAUGAAGUCCGUCCCCACGGAGAGACUGAUGAUAGAAACAGACGCUCCGUGGUGCGGGGUGAAAAACACACAUGCAGGCUCCAAAUAUGUCAGGACUACAUUUCCCACGAAGAAGAAAUGGGAGGCGGGGCACUGCCUGAAGGACAGGAACGAGCCGUGUCACAUCAUACAAGUUCUGGAGGUGAUGGCGGCAGCGAGGGAGGAGGAGCCGCUCGAGUUGGCCAACACGAUCUACAACAACACCCUCAAAGUGUUCUUCAGCUGAUCUACAACAACACCCUCAAAGUGUUCUUCAGCUGAUCAACAACAACACCCUCAAAGUGUUCUUCAGCUGAUCAACAACACCCUCAAAGUGUUCUUCAGCUGAUCAACAACACCCUCAAAGUGUUCUUUGAUCAUCAUAAUUUUUGUAAUAAACAGGAAAGUCACCAAAGGUA